AUGAGCAGUCCCCCGGUCGCUGUGGUGAGAGAAGUACCGAAGAGGGGACAGGGCGCCUGGCAGACGUACACUGUGGCGACUGAGGAAGGGGUGACUGGGGAAGCGGUGGCGGCGACUGGGGAAGAGAAGUGGGAGCCACUGCGCAUCAACGUAUCAUAUGAGAAUCUGGAAGAUGGAAAGUACUGUAAAGAUAAAGAUGAUAAAGUGAUGAACUACUGGACCGGGAACGAUAAAGUGCAGUGUAGAGAGGUAGAUCUCAUGAAAACAGAUAAGAAGAAUGAACUCAUCAAAAAGAUUCUCCCUGAGGCCAUCAAAUUACACACCGAUCGUCUCCUCGUUAAGCGAGUAAAAACACCCUUGAAUGAACUGACAUUUGAAAAUAAGGAAGUUUGCUCUCGCUUCGCAAUUCCCAAGGAAGUGGACGGCGACAAGCUCAAGGUCGACGAAGUGAAGUUGUCAGAGGCUGAUUUCUUGUUGUAUGUGGCUUCUGGUUCCAGUGGAGAUAAAGAUCCUGCUUCCUUUGCUCUCACUUGUGCUGUUGAUGCUGAAAGUAAACGCCCAAUCAUUGGUGCCAUGCAUGUCAAAGCAGAAGUGAUUAAGUUUGGAAGGAGUAUUGUUCGCCUUCUUGCACAUGAACUUGGCCAUGCUCUUGGAUUUGACUACAAGAGGAUGUUGGAUCUUAAUAUGACUGCUGUCCACAACAUUCGAGGCGAAAAUCGCACAGUGGUGAAUUCUACUAAUGUACUGAAAAAGGCAAAGGAACAUUAUAACUGUGACACCAUGGAAGGUGUGGAGUUG